CACUCCAAAACACAUGCUUACACAUGAUCAGAUCAGACCCAGAGUCCCAGUGGUCAGGCAUGGAGGUGCUGGAACUCACUCCCAGCAGCUAAAACUUGGAGCAGCUUGGAUGGAGCGCUGCAGUGUGCUGGAUGGAGAACCUGUGGACUGACAGCAUCACUCUGCACUGACUGGAGACCUCAGCAGCCUGUUUUACCAUGGAGUUUGGAAGAGUUUGGUCCAGAUAUCAGAGAACACUGCUGAUCACCAUGAUGAUGUUCAAACUGGGCCUACUGUGCACAGCAGCGGCAGACAAGUGUUUAUCAUCUCCCUGCAACAAUGGUGCCACAUGUCUUGACCAUCUGGGUGACUAUGUGUGCCUGUGCCCCAAAGGACCGGUCUGGUACAUGGGCAAAAACUGCGAUGAGCUGUAUGAUGCCUGUGUCAUGGCACCUUGCACCAACUGCACGAGCAAGCCUGGGACUGACGAGUUCACCUGCCACUGCCCGGACGGCUUCACAGGGCUCAACUGCACCCAGGAUGUAGAUGAAUGCCAGAGCAACCCCUGCAAAGGCAUCCUGUCCCAUUGUGUCAAUGGAGUCAAUGGCUAUUCCUGUCACUGCCCCCUUGGACUGGGAGGAGAGGACUGCCAGGAUAAUGUGACCAUUUGUUCAGAGGGUACAUGCCAGAAUGAUGGCACCUGUGUGGACAUCCCUGACAUUGGGUACCGGUGCCAGUGUGCUGCUGGGUACGAGGGGAGCAACUGUGAAGAGAACAUAGAUGAAUGCCAAUCUGAGCCUUGCCAGAACGGAGCCAUCUGUAAAGAUGGGGUUAACGCCUACCAGUGUUUCUGCGUGCCUGGAUUUCAAGGCUAUCACUGUGACUUGGACAUCAACGAGUGUGCCUCCCGACCCUGUCAAAACAAUGGCACAUGCAUGGAUGAGGUGGAUCACUACAGAUGUGACUGCGCUCCAGGCUUCAAAGGGAUUAACUGUGAGGUGGAGAUCGAUGAGUGCGAGGUGCUACCCUGCCAGAAUAGCGCCACCUGCCGAGACCGCGUCGCCGGGUACACGUGUGAGUGCAUGGCCGGCUUCCAGGGCCAAGACUGCGAGGUCAACAUUGAUGAAUGUGCCAGCAUGCCCUGUCUAAAUAAGGGCAAGUGCAUAGAUGGGAUCAACAGCUAUGAGUGUGACUGUGAGGGGACGGGCUUUGUAGGUGACCACUGUGAAGAGGACAUUCCUGAAUGUGCUUCUGACCCCUGCCAGCAUGGAGCCACUUGUUUGGAGGGCAUCAACCAGUACAAGUGCAUCUGCUGGCCAGGUUAUGAGGGAGUGAACUGUGAGGUGGAUAUAGAUGAGUGUGAGCAGCAUCCCUGUGAGAAUGGCGGUGAGUGUUUCCAGCGCUCUCAUAUCCUGAACUAUGGGACGGUGCCUGAACUCAGCAAAGCCAAUUUCACCUAUUCGGAGGCAGCUGGCUUCAUCUGCAACUGUCUGCCAGGAUUCAUUGGAGACAACUGCUCAGUCAAUGUGGACGAGUGUGAGUCUGCUCCAUGUCAGCAUGGAGGAAGCUGUCACGAUCUGGUCAACUCUUAUCAGUGCAUGUGUCCAGAUGGAUUCACAGGUGUACACUGUGAGGUGGACAUUAACGAGUGCGACAGCAAUCCCUGCCAGAAUGGUGCCAUGUGCAAAGACGCUGCCAACUCUUAUUGGUGUGACUGCCCCGUGUCGGAGCCCGGCCAGGAGCCCUGGGGUGGGCGAGACUGUGACGUCCUUCUGGUGGGCUGCCAACAGCACCAGUGUCAACACGGAGCAGGUUGCGUCCCCAUGCUGACCGACGAUGGAGAGCACAGCUAUACCUGCCUGUGUCCGUCUGGCUGGACUGGAGAACUCUGCAACACCUCCACCACCUUCUCCUUCAACUCCGAGGGCUACGUCCACAUGCAGCUGCCUGUUUCUGAAAACAGGACGAAGCGAGAGACUAAAGACCACAAUCAUGGGCUCCACAUGCAGCUCAGAUUUAAGAGCACUUUGCCCGACAUGGUGCUGUACUACCGGGGCACCUUGGAGCGCUUUGUCUCUCUGGAGCUUGUCGGAGGCUCCCUCCAGGCCAGGGUGAAGUCAGGGAAGGUCCUGCAGGUCAUUUACCCUGGCCUAGUCAAUGACGGAGAAUGGCACCAGGUCACUGUAACUAUGGAUGAGAGGCUGGUCCUGGUUGUAAAAGGCCCUGGCUGUGAGGAAGAAUGCCAGGUCAAGAAUGAGGCUUACAACCAUCUGAUCUUCGUCCAGCCCAGCUCCUUUCAUCAGCUUUAUGUCGGAGGGGCACCGCAGGAAUAUUUAGCCCAUACGUCCAGUGGAAGGGGGUUCAUUGGCUGCAUGGAAGACCUUCAAGUGGACAAUAAAUUGCUUCUGCCUCAGGACCUAAUCAGAGAGGAGAACCAGGGCUUGGAAAUGGGAUGCAGCAAAAGAAACUGGUGUCAGGAAGACCCAUGCAUGCAACGUGGGCAAUGUGUAGACAUGUGGGUUCGUGCCAGCUGUAUGUGUCAUCGGCCCUACUAUGGAGAAAGUUGUGAGAAAGAGUACCCAUCUUGGACCUUUGGUCAUGAGAACACCACCAGCUACGCCACCUUCAACAUCUCAGAAACCCAUGGAGACAACUUCACCAUCUCCUUUUCAAUGCGCUCACUCAAACACAAUGGUCUGCUUCUGCAGCUCCGUCGAGAAGAAAAGAGUUACCUGACAAUCUAUCUGAAGGAGGGCACUGUUGCUAUUUACAGCCCUCACACCACCCUUCUCUCAGAGGCCAAGUUUGUCACUGAUGGCAACAAUAAUUUGGUGACCGUAAAGGUACACUAUGGUCACGUGGUCUUCCCCAAAGCAGGGAAUCACCGCGCCUUAGGGAACGUAAGUGUAGAGGCAGGGGAUGUGGCGUAUGUCGGAGGGCUCCCUACAGGCAAGAGCAUGAACGCUUGGGGUGGAAACUUCAAGGGCUGCCUGCAGGACAUCCGGCUGGACCACAAGCAUCUGACCACUGAGGAUCAUCCAGAGGGGGUUGAGGUUUACCAGGCAAGCGCAGAGGAGAAUGUGCUGCCAGGAUGCCAAAGUGAUGACACAUGCAAGGAUGAGCCCUGUUUCAAUGGUGGACAGUGUCAGGUCACCUGGAAUGACUUCAAGUGCAACUGCUCCAUUACCUACUCAGGGCGGCUGUGCGAGACGCGUUUGUGGUGCGUCGACAACCCUUGUUUUGACGGAGUCCACUGUGUGGACCUGCAGGAUGGUUAUGAGUGUUUAACUGAAGCCAUUUUUCAGGACAACGCUCUCCAGUAUGUUGCCAACAACUCCCUGCCGAGCCCCAUAACCAACAUCACCAUGGACAUACGGACACGGGACAUGAACGGAAUCUUGUUGCGGGCCGCCAGCAGAGCUGAGGUCUUCUGCCUGGGUCUGCUCAACUCCUCCCUGCUGGUCAAACUGGACAGCGGCGUGAGUGCCGAGCUGCUGGCCUUCACUAGCGACAGAGUCAUCGCGGAUGGAGCGUGGCAUCAAAUCCAGCUGACCAUGGUCGAUCCCACGCAGUUGGCAUCCCGCUGGCGCCUCACUGUCGAUGGGCAAAGAGUCGGUGGCAGCUUCGGCGUUGGUGGCAACCUAAACUUCCUCAAUGACACCAAAAUCUGGCUGGCUGAGAAAUACACUGGAUGUUUAGGGGAUGUGAGAGUGGGUGGAGUCUACCUGCCGCUCAUAAAUGUACCGGACGCCCCUCAGAUGAGUCGGUUCUCCAGACUUGGCGGGCACGAGCCAAUCAUAGGAUGCCAAGGUGCACCAAUUUGCGAUUCCCAGCCCUGCCUCAACCAGGGUGUAUGCCAGGACCAGUUUAAUGAGUUUAACUGCAGCUGCAGUGCAGGAUGGGAGGGGGAACUGUGUGAGAAGGAGAUAAAUGAGUGUUCUUCAGGUCCCUGUGUCUAUGGUACAUGUAAAGACCUUCUGGCAGACUACAAGUGUGACUGUGAGCCUGGAUACACAGGGAAAGACUGUCAGGAUGAGGUGGAUGACUGUCUGGAGUUCAGCUGUGUGAAUGGAGGAACCUGCAUGGAAACGGUGGGAUGUUUAUGUCCUCCUGGAUACAUCGGCAAGCGCUGCCAGUGGCGUUUCCCUCCAGUGGCGUGCGAUGCAAACGCAGAGUGUCUAAAUGGAGGGGUUUGUAUAGGAGGAGACUCUGGAGGUAACUGCACCUGCAAGCCAGGAUACACUGGAGCUAGGUGUGAGGCAGAGAUAGACGAGUGUGAGUCCAGCCCUUGUCUCAACGGUGCCACCUGCCUGGACAGGCUCAACCACUUCCAGUGUGAGUGUGUGCCGGGCUUCAGUGGCACGCUGUGUGAGAGCAACAAAGAGCAGCAUAGGGAGCGGAUCCCCUGGCUGGCAGUAACCAUUCCCCUCACCACCCUGUGUGUGUUGCUGGCCAUCCUGGUGGUGUUUUUCCUCAUCAUGACAGCGCGGAAGAAGCGUCAGUCAGAGGGCACGUACAGCCCCAGCUCUCAGGAGGUGGCCGGUGCCAGGCUGGAGAUGGGCAGUGUCCUUAAAGUGCCUCCAGAGGAGAGGCUGAUCUGAGGCCUGUAGCCCUGCCUCACAGCCUCACAUCCAGUGGAUGUAUUGAUAUGUGAAGGGCCUGGAGAACAUGUGCUCUGCUGUGUGGAUGAUAAACCAAUAACUGAUCCUCUAUCAAGGGAAACUACUGAAGCCUCAGAGAUGGGUACAGACAGACAGGUAGGCUGGGAAACAGACUGAGGCUGUUGGGGAGAGUGAGGUCAAAGGAUGCUCUGACCGUGGACGUCCCCUUGAAGAGUCUUGAGGACCGCCUCAAGCUUAAAUCUCACAGGACCAAAAUCAUGUGAGCUACUAAAGAAAAGCCCAAAAAUCUAUGGAUAUUAAGAAAUGUACUCACACAGGCUGAAAAUCACUGAAAUUCUCCAACUCUCUCCAUGCGGUGGUGUGAGGGCAGGCAGGCCAUCAUUCAUGGUUUAGCAAAGCAAAACAUUGAAAACCUUUCUCUGUGGACUGCUGAUUCUGUUCUGCAUGGCAGGGGAGAGAUGAAUGCGUGGAGGGAGAAAAAAACAUUUUAAACAAAUUCUGUCAAAUGAAUUUGCAUGAGUAUACAUUGCUAAAUAUUAUCAGGGGAGCCAUUCCUUCACCAACUCCUUGUAGCGGUGUUACAUUACAUAUACAAGGCAUUAAUUGUAAGAAACACUAAUUUGAAUCCUGGCUUUAUCUUGUUGGUAAUUCUAAUCCUGCAUGACAACUAUUCUGCUAUAAUGUAUCUUCUUCCACAGGAAAUUUGUGAUCUUAACAGUUUUUCUGUCUAAAAGGAAGCAGCAGUUGCGAAAUCAGUUGAAGAAACAAUUCAAGCCUUGUCGUCCUCUUCGCUGAAUCAGACAUUUUGAAUUUGUACGAUAUUACCUGUGAAUUCAGGUACUUAAAGCUGCUGUAAGUAAUUUUUAUAAAAAUUACUUUUUGUCAUAUUUGCUGAAAUGUUCACUAUAUCCUGACAGUAGUAUAUUAGACAAAUAAUCUGUGAAAAAAUCUGGUUGUGGCUCUGAUUGGUUGUUUUCAUUCAGGCCCGUUGGAUUCUUGCAAAUGCUAUUAGGAGCACUAGGAGGAGCCAGAGGAACCUGAUUUUUUUUACAGAUUAUCUGUCUCAUGUGCUACUGUCAGGAUAUAGUGAAAGUUUCAGAAAAUAUUACAAAAAGUAAAAUAAUUUUUUUUUAAUAAAAAUUACCUACUGCAGCUUUAAUAUAUAUGAAAUAAUUAUUGUCCCAUGAUUGAAGGCUUCCAUCACGUGCCUCCUUUUCCAUUCAUUCCAUUCCUCCUGACUGUCUCUUAGCCAGUUCAUGUAAUGGAACAUGAAUCCAGGACCCCCAAAUGACGGUGUGAAUGGAUCACUGCAGCCUCUGCAGGAGUCAAAAACUGUAAAAACUGCUGUAUUAUAUUGUCAAUGUGCACUGUAUGACUCGACAGGCUAACUGCUCUGCCCAUUCUUUGUUGCUUUGUAAGGAUGCUGAGUGUUUUAUCUAUGUCUUUGUGUUGUGUAUAAUGCAAAAGUCACUGUAUUUUAUUUUUUUGUAAUAUUUUUUAAGGGGAACAGUAUUUAAUUGUAGGUAUCUUAUUGCUGUGGUCUAUGCUGGUCAUAUCAGUAUUUGUGGACGUGUCAGAAAAGUGCCAGUACUUUAGCAGGCUCUAUUGGCAGAAAUGGAAUAUAACAUUCAUAGGUAUGUUUCCAUUAGUGUAUUAUAAAAAAUAAGAAUCGUGGUGUUUUUGUAAUGAAAAGAAUUAGAGGGAGCGGGUCCUCUUCUACAGAGUUUGCCAUAUUGAACUACCAUGUUUUUACUGCAGCUAAUACAGUACAGUAGUAGUUAGUUGGUAAUAGUAGUAGUUUUUUUGCAAGUUUUGCGCCUGACAUAGUUUCUCACGCUUGGAAGGCGAGCUGUAUUCAAUUGGUAUUCUUCACCGCUAGCUACCACUAAAUCCUACACACCGGUCCUUCAAAGAAUGUCUACUUGAAUCAUAGCUAGUUUCAAGAAUUUAGGGGAAUCUUGCGGUGUAGUUUUGUAAUUGCAAGUCUGUUGCUUCACCCUCGCCUUCCAGGUGUGAAAGAGACACGUGUGAAAACAUACCUAUGAAUAUUAUAUUCCCUUUCUGCCAAUACCUCCUUCUAAAUGUUACACACUGGACCUGUAAAGAAUGUCUAUUUUAAUUGUAGCUAAUUUAAAGAAAUAAUUCAACACUAUUCGAAAUCCUCUCAUUCACUUCCUUUCCAAGAGUGAGUUGAGGAGAUAAGCAGUCAAAGUAUGGAGCCAGAGUCAGAAAAAAAGUUUUUACAUUUCUACUUCUGUACGGAUUAAACUAACAAGAUAAGAUGUGUUAAUUGCCAAACUUUGCAGGUUGAGUGAGUACUCAGCUGAAACAAUACCCGAGUACUGAGUUUCAUCAGGGUAAAAUGAUACAAUAUCAGUACUUGUACUGUAAGUAUGGCAAAGUUUUAAAAUAUAGCAACUUCCGAUCAACCCAUAUCAAUUUCAGGCUUAAAUCAACAUCUUUCAGUUAGUACCACCCACUUCUGGUUUAAGCCCCACCUUUGUCUGGGUUAAGCCACACCCAUUCCAAGUACAGCUAUAGAUAAUUUAGUUGGUAAAUUUUGUUUGCUGAUCCCUAUUAACUACAUCCUGAAUCCAGCUACCAAUUUAUAUCCUGACAUGAGACUGAUCUCAAAAUGUUGAACUAUUUGUUAAAGUUAUAAGUCAAAUCAAAAUCAACAUUUUACACACUAGAAUCUUAUGGAGAUGCUCCAGACAAACCUCCAUUCUGGCUUUGGGAUAAGGUUUCACAAAUACUGAUCAGACUGCCCUAGACCCUAAAGUAACGUAAUGAAUUCUUUAAUCGAGUUAAGAACUCUCUAAACUGUAAUGCCACUGCACUCCCAUUUUCACUCCCAGGAAUCCCACCGCUCAUUUGCCUUUCACUCUGUACUCACCAGUGCUGCUAACCUCAUUUCACCACUGAACCAGGAUGCUUUUACACAUACCUAAAGGUGCUAAUGUGAUAUGAAUUCAGACUAACGCACUGUACACGUUGUUUCAUGUGAAUGGACACAGAACAGCUUGUGAAAGGGAAGUGAUGGGCAAGUCACAACUGAAUAUGAAUUAUAAAGACACUGGUCAUUACUGUUGAAUGUAGUAUUAAAUGUCAUUUUAAAGGAGUAAUAAGUAGGAUUAUGAUCAUGUUUUAAGUAGGGUUGGCACCAAUUUCUAGAUUUACUUUGGCUUUAUUUAAUCUGACCUAGUACAGCUGCCUAAUAUUGCUCACAUGUGGCAUAGAUUGCAUAAAAGUAUGUGGACAUCCUGUUCACAUACUUAUGUAGGGCUGUUUUUCAUUGUUGGGUAUUGGCUUCCCAGUUCCAAAGAAGGCCAAUCUUAAUACUACAGCAUAUGAUGCCAUUUUAGACAAUAGUGUACUUCCAACUUUGGGUUUGUCCCUUUUCUGUUUCAAAAUGAAAAUGUCCCUGUGCACAAAGCCAGCUCUAUAAAGAAAUUGUUUCCCCAGUUUGGUGUGGAAGAACUUGACUGGCCUGACCUCAACCCCAUCCAACACCUUUGGGAUGAACUGGAGCACCAACUUUGAGCCAGACCUUAUCCCCAACAUCAGUGUAUGUAUGACCUGGUAGCAAAUCUCUGCUGCCAGGUUCCGACAUCUGGAGGAAAGCCUGAAACUAGAAGAGUGGAGGCUAUUAUAGAAGUACAUUAAUGCUCCUCUGUUUGGGGUCAGGCCCCCUUAAGAACUUAAGGGACCUGGGCUCAACACUAGAUGUCUUCUGGAAUUCACCAUUUUACCAUAGAAAACCUAUACUUAAACCUUAGUUUUUGACCCGGUCCAAUGAGGACUGAUUUAAAAAAAAAAAAUUCUUCUGCUGUGGUUAUGACGUACCUCAUAAUUAGAGCUGAGAGUGCCCUCAGAUUCAUUGAGAUCCACUUAGACGCACUGACCCAGUCAAAUGAGACCCAUCCUAGCUUGUCCCCGAGUUGGGUCUUGGUUCCUCAGUGGCCCUGUGAUGACAUCUUGGUCAUAUACAGUGGUUUACAGGUGAUACAUUCAGUGCACUCAAACCGGACCUCACAGCGUACCAUUGCUUCUCUCUGUGUGUGAGGAUGCAGAGUUGUUGUCAAUCCUACUGGCUACUAUAAAGGUCAGAAACUAAUUAAUGCUCUUUUAAAACGACUGCAGGGAAUGUAUGUGCAUGAUGAGAUCAUAUGUGCCUUCAUGUUCUCCUGCAUCCAUGAAACGCACGAAUCCUGUGCUCUGUUUUUACUUGUUCAGAAACCUCACUGUGAGAAGUGCACAGGGACGCAGCUCUGCUCAAAUAUUCAGAUGUUGUGUUGAGCUUUGUGGUAUUGUACAGACAUACAGUGGUUUACAGUGAUGAGACUUAACAACAGAACACACACAGGACAGAUAAGUACCCCAGCUAUGUACAGAAUGGUAGUGAUUUUACACUGGAGUUGUUUUUACUAAAGCUGUACCAUGUACAGCACACUCUAGAUCUGUAGAGGAGGAGUUCUAUUCCAAAAUAUAUUUUCACUUAAGGAAAUAAUAACAAGUACUCGUAUAUCAGAAUGUCUUAUAGUUAUCUGUUUCUGGGCUGCCUGCUGAUUUCUAAAAAUGAAUACCUCAUUUUGGAAUAAAACACUUGUCUAUAUGA